AUAAAUAAUAAUAUAAAUAUUAAAUUACAUAUAAUUGAAUAAUUGCCCCGAUUUAGAAAUCUAUUAGUAAAUUAAAAAGGGUUCGAACGACAACGAUCAACGAUGAUCGGCAGAAGUGGCGGUGGUCAGCUUCGAUCGGUUAUACAUAGUGCGUGUUAGACGAGACAGUAGUAUUCUUUAAUUUAUGGUCGUGCUGCGCCACGGUCAUUCGUGCUAAAAACUUGCUCGUAAUUCAUAUGAAAACCCCACGUGCCAUUGCUAUUAAUUGGCUAUCGAAAUUUUUUUAUUUACGAGGUUAGUGUUCACGCAGUCCGUAGUUUUGUACUCGGUAGUUAGUUGGUAAUUUUAUGCGUCGCACAAUUAUUCCGGCGUAGUGACGAUCCGUUAGCUAUGAUUUCUGAUCCUCCUAAGACCCGAGACUGGUGGCCGGAUCUGGAAGACUUAAAACUGUCGAACACAGCUGUAGUUGUACUGAACACAAGUAUCGAAAAUCCACCAAAGCUGGUGCGGCAUCUGUGGAAUAAUUCUUGGCUCCGAGUGACUGUUGAUGGCGGCACCAACAAAUGGCACAGUUUCGUCAAACAAAAUUCAUUUGAUGACUUAAAAUUCCCUGACCUUAUAACUGGAGAUCUGGAUUCGGCCAACCCUGCUGUCGUUGAGCAGUUUGUAUCCAUGGGCUCAACAAUCAUUCCCACACCUAACCAGGAUGAAACAGACUUCACCAAAGCACUUAAAGAGGUUAAGAAAUACUCAGAAAAAAAUUGUAAAUCAAUAGAUUCUAUUAUCGUUAUGGUAAACAUGUGCCAUAGGGUCGAUCAUUUCUUAUCAAAUUUAAACACUUUGUACAAGUCUAAGACUAAAGACCAUUAUUUCGAUGAAGAUAUAUAUCUUCUGGGAAGAAAUUCAUUGACCUGGUUGCUCCAGGCCGGCACACAUCGUAUCCAUGUUCCUCAGCUCCUCAGGUUUCAUCCUGAGAACAAUUAUGUAGGCUUUUUUCCAAUGGGUUCGGCAUGCAACGAAUGUACAACUACAGGACUCAAAUGGAAUUUAAGUGGAAAACUUAUGGAAAUGGGAGGACUUACUAGUAGUAGUAAUACAUUCAAUGGAGAACCAAUCGUCACAAUCACCAAUAGUUCUCCACUAUUGUGGACAAUGACUAUGGGGUAUGAAGAAAGUUUCUAAAUCAAGAAGAACUCUGUUAGAUUGGUAUAUUUUAUUUAAAACUAAAAUUUUUCCCUUCCUAUUGCCUGAUCACUUGUUUUUUACCUGUACAAUAAUUAUUGUGUAUUUUAUGAUCUGUACUGUCAGUGUGACUACAAUAAAAUUUACUACAUACCAUUGUAAUUGUCCAAUGUAUCUGUACGCUUAAUUUUUAUAAAGUAAUAUUAUAGAAGUUUGUUAUAUGUUUUUAGAAUAUAUAUGUUGUUAGGGCCUUAAGGGUUGUUAUGUUUAAAAUAGUCUAUGCAAUAAUGUAUUUAAUUGUUUUUUCA